GUGAAGAACAGCUCUUAUACGUGCCAUUUCUAACGGUUGAGCAGCAAAGAUCCUACGAGAGCCUACAUAUCCUUACACACUAUGACCUCGUCUCCGUCGUACGUCGACUACGAGACUUUUCUGGACCCGUCGUUCUCGCCGACCUCGUUCGCCCAGACGCUGGUGGCAACCACCAACAACCCGUCUGAUACUCCGUUGGACCUCUCUACGCCGCUCUCUCGCGUGCUGUUUGACAUUCAGGAAGUCGACAGCCACAUUCACACAUUCACAACCAAAUCUGCUCUGCCGCUGCUACGGUAUACGACGGACACCACUGCCUCAGGCCAGCGUGUACUCCUGGCAUUGGAGGCGCAGGUUCUCGCGCUGACGGAAGGCUAUCAGCGUCUUGAGAAAGAUGUGGUGCGUCGCUGGGAAGGGGCUGAUGAAGUGCGCGGAGCAGCGGAGCGGUCCUGGGCGACUGUGAAGUUGGCCAGGGCUGUGUCAAGAUGCCUGAUGCUGGGCAGACAGCUAGAAGGACAGCUGGUGGAGAUCAGUGGGCGUGAUCGAGAGGACCACCGGGCGCUGGUAAGGGCGUCUCAGACGCUGUUGAUGCUUAGACGGAUGUUUGCGGACAACAGUAAUGGUGGCGACGACGGGGAAGACGAAGGGUACGGCGCUGCGCUGGAGCGGGUGAAGGUGGUGAGAACAUUGAAGGCCGAACUAGUGAACCCAGCAGAGAAUAGUGUCAAGGCGCGCGCGCAGCAGAUCGUCAGUCGGUUCUCGCUACCUACAGACGAGCAAGGGGUGGUUCUGCCGCCUGGCGCUGGUGGCACUGGCUCUACAUAUGCACAGCAGGAAGAGAGUCGAGCACGACUGAUAUCAGCCAUGACGGCUCUCUACCUACUCUCCCCUACUACUACCCAGACUAUAUCCGCGGCUAAUUUCCAACCAGAACUGCUUCUUGUAACGUUAAAAUCGUUCAUCCAUUCGUCCCUGACAGCCUCGCUGCAGGCCCUUCUUCGAGGACUCUCCCAGCUCCCGUCUCUGGAGCGAGCACUUUUAGAGGUCUCCAACCGUUGCCAGACGGUGGUCGUUCUAGAGAGGAUACUCCAGGGUGCCAGACAGCCUGUGCAUCCCUUCUACAACCGUGCCGCCAACGAUCCAUCAUCGUCAUCAUCGUCCACCUUGCCCACUUCUACUUCUGACAAGAAAGAGAAGCAUGUCAAGAACAACUUACUGUAUCCAUUGCUGCAGUACCUGGACACGACGUCUCUGCCAAGCUACUUCUGGCGCUGUCUUGCAUCCGCGCUAUCGCCGCGGGUAGGGGAGCUGCUAAACCGUGGCGGAGCGGCCGCUCGGGCCCUGAGAGGGAACCGAGAGAGGCUGCGGGAUGAGAUCCGGCAGUGCGUGUUACGUGGGAGCAGUGCCGGCAGCGCCAGCAGGGGGAGUGACAGAGACAGAGAGCAAGAAGCAGACGGCGGAGGACUGGUUGUGGGCAACUGGGAGAGAGAGGCGGCGGUGAUGGUUGGCGCAGUGCUCGGGAAUCGAUAGGAGUCGGAGUAGUUGGUAUAUAUCAUUUUUUUCCCCUGUCCUUUUUACCUUUAGUUGCAUCCAGUGCAGGCGUUCGUUCUAUCAUAUCCCCUUGCAUGAUACUGUUACCUAUCUCACCAACUAGUAGCGUAUGCCUGUGUGCUGUAUGUAUGUGGGUGUGUGUGCGCGCUGUGUAUGCAAGCCCUGUCAUUUCUGUCAAACCACCUCCGCCAGGCGUCUACAUCCACCCACUACCAGCAACAAACAACCAUCUAUACAACAACGACGACCACGGCGGGCCAUAGUGCCAGGAACCUGGUCCACCCCGGCCGGGUCCUGAAUAUGACAUCUCUUCUACUUCCUUUUUUCUACUCCUCUCUCUUCGUAUUCUCUCUCUUGUGUGGUACAGACAGCAACAGUAGCAGACAUACGACAACACCACCAACAUCAACCAUCAAACCACCCGAAGAACCAAGGUCCAAACUGUCUAACCAGCAGAGAGAGGUACCUGGGUGACAUCUUGAGAGGCGCCUCUGCUCCCUGGCCCUGUUUCUCUGUCCCCCAUGCUACGCUAUAGAACUGGACUGGACGGGAUGGUGAGACUUACAUGCAGGUACCAACCAGCUCUAUAGCCAUCAGACUUUUGUUCCCUCCCUUUGCUAUAUUUAUUCUCCGCUGACUACUUUGGGAUAGCCCGUCUCUUCUUUGUUGCAACAUGGGGUUCGAAAAACGAAGUACGAAGUACCUGUACUCAAAUCAAAACAACUCUCCGGCUAUGACUAUACAACUAAUUGAGCCUGAAGGAGUGGCGGGGAAAUGUGCCUGGAUCGGUCGAUCGACCACGCUCGGCCAGAGAAAAAGAAGCAAAAAGCAAAGGCAAAAGCAAAAAAGCGGAAAAAGAAGACCUAUCCAGGACAGACAGACUUCGUUGACUGAGCUUGUCGUACCCAUUUCAUAGCAAGCAGAAGGCAACGCAAAAGCCAGCAUCUGGCUGGAAGUUCUUCGCCUCUUCACAUGCUUUGUACGACGUUGGAGGAGACAGAGCGAGAGGAACAGGCCAGGUCCCCGUCAGGGUCAGGGUCAGCACCCUUUUGUUCCUGGAUGGGGGAGGAAGGAGGAAAACAAGUUGCUGGAAGAUGGGAAUUUGAUGAAAAGGUGAAAGGGUAAGGGACACGGCCGGUCAACUGCUCCAUACAGUGAGACGUCAAAAGACAGCAAGCGAGCAGAGCGAAAGCGAGGGCAUGUUAUGCAAGGUACCUGUACCUGGACAAGGCUAAGGCAAGGCACAACAGAGAAACAAGUCCAUGUACCUUGACGCCGCGCCCACCUUUAGCGUCCAGCCCGGCCUUCGCCUGCUCAAGGGCGUGGAAAGCUCCAGUUAAAGGCAUUCAGUUAAGGGCAAGGGUUGGUUUUAGCUAAGGGCAGCCUAAUCAGUUAAGAGGCUAGUCAAAGGGGCUAGUGCAUGGCUGGUUAAGCUAGUUAAGGCCUAGUUAAAGGGACCCCCCUGUGAGCUGGUCACUUGCUAGCGAUGUACCGGUACCUUGCCUGCUCACCUUGCCUGGCUGGCUGUCUCCCACUCUUUGGUGCCCCCUCUCCGAGAGAUGCCAUGGCAUGCCAUCCAUGAUGUCGAUGUCUCCAUGGGCCGCCCAUGACUUGCAUCCUUCUUGCUGGCUC